AGAGUUUACAAUCGUAUGCUGCUGACUCGUUGUGCGCAGUGUUUUUUUGUCGAUGAUGAGCAUUUUUUCCGAAUAAGAGCUGUCUCGAGAGGCUCCUCUUUCAGUCAUAAAGGGUGAUACAAUCACAUUACGCUUAAGAAUACAGUGUAAAGGCAUACAAGUGAGUAUGUGUCAGCUAUAGACCAAAAAAAACCAAAAUAACAAUUUAGUGUGACACGCGACCAGCUCGCUACGUCAAGCUGCGCACAUUUGCAUCGGGCGCACGCAGGGUGGAAGUGAAGUGGACGGAACAGUAACGGUUUGUCUACAAGCCAGGCAGUAAUAGUCGGUUACUAGCUUAUUGUAAAGCCUACAGGGGUUCAGAAGAUAUCCGACACAUGGCGCAAAUUUGCCUCUAACAUUUACUUGUCAUAAAGUGGCUGUCAACUUUGAAAACCUAGCUGGUUAGCCGGGAUGGCUAGUGAAAAUGAACUGUUAUGCAUUUGUCGGGGACAAUCGGCUAGCUAGCGUUACCCGGCUAAUACUCCUUUAGCUGUCUUGCUGUCACUGACAUCACUUCGUGCGCUGACAUGAGAGGUCUGCAUAACUUUUUAUCUGCUCGACAUUUAAUUGCUACAAUUCCUCCAUUAUGGACAGCGAACGCAGCAAUUGCAGGCCCCAGAAUGGAGACAAUAGCAAGCUAACCUAGCUAGCAGGCUGCCGUGGCUGCUAAGCUCGCUAAAAGCUGUCUUUGCCUGGUGCGUGUCUGGAGCUGCACUGAAAACAUCGAGGUGCCUGCAGCAUGGAUCAGUUGGAUGUGACAGACCAAAUCACUGCAGCUUGUAACCAACCAUUGUUCCGCAACCAUAACCUGACUGUGACUGACCAAGACCUUGCAUCCCAGCAGCCCGGCUCCAACAUAAUGUCUUCACAAUCCAAAUGGGUGAAUAGUGGCACUGAAGACACUGAUUUGAUUAUAACGGAGGGUGGGCUCAGUAAUGGCACCUGUGAAGUUGAGACUAUGGUAGCGUUGUACUGUCCUGGCGACAGUGGUGAUGUCGCUGCUGAGGGCGACCGGCUUGCACUUAGCAAUGAUGGCAUGACUGAGUUUUCCAACAGUGACCUCUCUCUGCCCGAGGUGUGCAUUUCCACCAACAGCAAUAGUUUUGAGGACGAUAUGAACUAUGAGGUCCAGCAAGCGUACAGGAUAUUCACAGGCUUUCUCUCGGACAAGCACAAAGGGAUCACCGGCCCGUUCCUCCAUCCCAUCGGCCACCAGGAGGCCCAGCACGGCAUUGGAGGGGUCCGCGGCUGGGGUCAGGCACAGCUCAGGCAGUCGAUGUGCUUGCGGAGGAUGGAGGAGAAGUUCAUCAACCGAGAGUAUGAGACCAUAACGGAGUUUGUUGCAGACUUCCGGCUGAUGUUGGAGAACUGUUAUCGCUACCGUGGAGUGGACCACUGGAUCUCCAAACAGGCUCAAAAGCUGGAAAUCAUGCUGGAGCAGAAACUUACAUUGCUGUCCAGGACGCUACGAGAGAAGACUACUUUGACGGUGACGUCUAAAGGACGUUUCGGUGCAGAGGAGGAGCGGGGUUCAGGGGGCACCUCGACGAGGAGGAGGCUGGCCCCUCGUAGCCUGGCUACCAUCACUGUCGGGGGCCAUGAGUCUGUCAUGGUUCAGGCCCUACGGCUGGAAGAACAACAGAGGGCCAAGGAGGAGAAGAGGCAGCGUGAGCUUGAGAAGAAAGAAGCGGAGGAAAUGUCGGCCAAAGAGGUGGAAGAGUGGGAGCAGACUUUGCUGACACAGGCUUCCCCCCACACCGUGGACACACUUUGGGAACUCCCUGCUAUAGGGCACUUCCUCUGUCUUGCUCAGACUGCACUUAACCUCCCUGAGAUUGUAUUUUUCGAUGUUGAGCGUUGUUUGCUGAUGCCCCGCUGCAGCCUCCUCCUGUCCAAAAUCAUGUCUUCCCUGCUGUCUCCACCCCAGCGGAGGGCCACUCUGCACCGCCGCCCCGUCCUACCUUACCGCCGCUGGGAGUCAGAACUCAGGCAGCGGGUCAUGGGCUGGUAUCGAGCUGUCGGUGCCUCGCACAAUCAGCCGGGUCGGGCUGAGCAGUUGGGACUCUCCCACCAGUUUUUCCGCACUCUCGGGGAGGUGAGUCCUUUGGAGGAGAAACCGUUUCACUCGCUGCCCUUCCACCAGCGAGUGUGGCUUCUGAAGGGGAUGUGUGAUCAUGUGUAUGAGACGCAUAAAUAUGUGCAGGAGGCCCUCCUAGCCCAGCCCAUCCAUGAAUGUAGGGAGUCUAUUUUGGGCUAUGACGGCAAGGAGAAUUGCUAUAUACAUUUCCCACAUUUCUGUGGGGCAGACCUGAGAAUCUACUGCCAGAGCCCCGGCUCACCCCCGGUUUUCCCUUUCCCUUCUGUGUGGGUCAAACCAGCCGAUAUAGAGCCAGGGAGCGAGGGUGAGGAGUCGGAUGGAACGAAGGAAGAAGGGGUUACAAGUGACAGAGGGUGUUAUGGAGGCUCAGUGGACACAGGAGAGUCUGAUGAGACACUCGGGGGUUUCAAAGGGGAAGUAGAGGAAGAUAAAAAAAUGUUUGAAUCGUGGUCGCCGAAGAAGGAGGGGUCUGAAUCAGGGUCCUCUGAUGGAGACUCCUGUGAAAACUCCAAAUUGGACUUAGAAAUUCACACUAACUCCUUUUCACAUGCUAGUCCUGUUGGAGGAAGUGAUGUGGAAAUGAAUUUGAAAGAAGAGACUGUGGAGUCGGAGUGUCCAUCCAAGCGACUCGCGUUGAAACGGGAGCGGGGCUUCUCAUUGAGCUCAAUGCGCACCAUCAAAGCAGAGACACAGGAGCCCUGUCUGAGCGUAGGGGAGCACAGCUACACGGGCAGAUCACCUGCUCGCUUGGUGAACCUGGCCUCCCCUAACAAAGCAGUCAAAAUGGAGGGAGGAAGUCCCAGUCAGCAAUACCAAAGAUCUCCCUGUUUGGAUCAUUGCAAAAGCAGUGAUGUUAAAUCUGAGGAGCAGGACAGCUGCUGUGGCAUGUCAGGGCAAGCGACACAGUUGUCUUCUGAGAGUUCUCAGAAUUCGAGUGAAGAGAGGGUGAAUGACAAAAUCUGGACCAAAAAAAAAAAGCGGAAGAAAAAGAGAGAGGAGGAGCAACUGCCGAGCAUGAAAGGAAAGCGCAAUCAACAGCAGCAUGUCGACGGGAUGAGGCCGUCCUCGGCGGAGACGACCGAGUCCACCGUGCGGAGAUUUUCCAGAACGAUCAAAAGAAAAGACAAGAAGAAAAAACAUAAAACAGGAAAAAAGCUUGAACCUUUAAAGAAACUUAAAGAUGAACCUCCAGUUGAGCCAUCAUUUAAGUUGGUGUGCACCAGUCUGGAGGACUUGCGAGAGCUGAUCAGUAAGACGGAAGACGAGCUCGAUGACCUGGAGAGCAUCAAGAAGAGAUUGGGUCGGUGGUAUUAUAGGAGAGAAGCCGUGAAAGACCUCCACAGCACUCUAAUCAGACUACUGAAUGAGCUUUCGCCCUGGGAACCCAAACUUGUUAAGGCCUACCAAAGGAACCGGCUUCGUUUGAAGAAGGAAUUUGAGGAUUUCAAGAAGCACCCCGACUACAAUAACUUUGUGCGCGAGGAGAGCGUUUCGUCGUCGUCAUCCUCUGAUGAUGACGACGACGACGAUGAUGAUGAAGAGAGGGGUUUGGGGAAGGAUGCGUGUUCAUUCUCGGAUCAUUACGGGCGAUCAGAACAGGAGGACCUGGAACACAUGGUUCCCAGAGGUCUUUGGAGUGGAGGAAACACCAGGGAGUUUGUGGCUGAGUCUGCUGGAGAAAGAACGGUGAAAUACAAACCUCCCAACCACAUAAAACAACCUCUGGUCAGCGCAGAGAAACACGUCAAUCUGCUGCAAACCAGUCCGACUGACAGCACUAACGUUACGUCGACCCCUGACUCUGGGCCACAAUCUAGAUCUGAAGUGGGACGAUCAAAUCAAUCCAGGGAUUCCGACUCGGCACGGGCAGCGAGGGUGACAGCCCCGGCUUCACUGUCACCCAGAACCCCCAUCCUCCAUCCCACCACUGGACUACCUAAGGGCUACACGCCCAUCCCCACCCUACUAGCUAAGAGUGUGGGAAACAAAGUGACCUUAAUGAAACGGCCUGCUGAUUUUACAGGGAUCAACAUCAUAGAUGGACAGCGCAAAGGGUCUUUGGUCUCCCUGCCUACCUCUACAGUGACUACUACAAAACUCUCAAAAGCACAAAACUCUCCAUCACGUUCCCAGGAGAACUCGCAACAAACGCAGGCACAAGGACGACAGCCAGGGAUGGCUACCGGGACGGCAGCUCUUCCUAAAUCACCACAGGCAAAAACUACCCAGACUGUGACAAAAAGUCCUGUCCAAGUGGUGUACAAAGUACCCGAGGGGCUGGGUCACCUUGUAAGGAAAGACGGCGGCAGCCCGGUCAAGAUUUCGGUUCAUCCGGUCAUGGACCAGAACACCGGGGAGAAGAUUAGGCAGCAAUUGGUGAUUCUGCCUUCUAACUUUCUCAUUCACAAAGCUGAAGAAGAGGCGCCUCUUUCACAUCAACAGUCUAAGGUCACCCCGGCCCCAGUUUCUAAAGUGGCCAGCCCCUUCUGUAUGUCCACCAAUGUGCCUGGGUUCACCAUUUCCGAAAACAGAAUCCCUGUUCAGCAGGUGGCCCCCCUAAAAGAUGCCCGGACGGCGAGGACACCCUCUCCUUCUGUUUCCCCUCGUCUGCAACAGGGGGCCCUAAACACAGCAGUGCUCAAGGGGCCCCACGCCUGCAGUCCCCGAGCUAGCACACCUCAAAGUGUCCCCCCCUCACACAUCACUACUCCUUCUGGUGCAGUUUCUACUGAGCCUAUCAAAUCCACAGACCCUAAACAGGAGCUUAAGACUAUGUGUAUCCGUGACUCGCAGUCCAUCCUGGUAACAACUAGAGGAGGCAACACGGCCAUCGUUAAAGUCCAGACGUCCUCGGACCUGAAUGCCCUCGGUUCUUUGCACACCAGUCCAGUUAUCACCAUCUCACCUCAGUUAAAAGCCUUCCUCGUCUCCAAGACGUCACAGACUCUCUCUCCUUCCGCUGCCUCUCAGACUUCCCCUUGCACGUUCCCAGCAGUGACGAGUAUCUCGGUGGCCCAGCCUCAGAAGCAGGGUCCUUCACUAUUAAAGUCCCUUUCCAGUCUCACAACUCCCAUGCUCGCUGCUGUCACUGGUAGCGUUCCUGUUACAGGCCCAGGAAGCCAGACUACAAGUCAAGGCUCCAACCCCGCAGCGGGUUCUACAGCUGGUUCUCAUUUUCAAGCUUCACUAGUAAAAAACACUGUUGUCAUCCCAUCACUGAGUAAUUCUGGUGUUCUCAAACAAGCGGAGUUCAUCAGCAAGACUGGUAUGAAGCGGGCAAGUACCGACGAGAGAUCCCAAGUCACUAAAUUCAUCCUCGUUACGCCCUCUUCUUCCUCCACCCCAAAUGUAGCCUUAUCAAAAGCUACGCCCUCUUACGCAAAAUCACUUCCUACUUCAAGAGUCAUGUUUAUCAGCCAGCCAGCAGCAACAUCAUCCACCACCACCACCACCACCUCUGUGGGAAGCACUCCAAAACAGGCAAUAGCAACAGGGGUGAGUGGACAGCUGCUGACCACUUCAUUAUCUAGUCCGACUUUGAAGAUGGGAUUAAGUUUAGGACAACCUGUCGUCAGCUCAGAAGCAUUGUCCAAGGUCAAGAACAUCACUCUGCCCUCAGGUGUUCACAUCCAGCUGUCAGGGAAGAGAACCAUUGGACAGACGAUAGGUGCCCUGUCACGUUCUCCUCCCAAGAGCACCCCGGUGUCUGCCUCAGAUACAGGCCGUCCAACAGCCGCCGCCACCACUGGACUGACCCCUCUUACGAGUUCUGCCCAGCUUGCCUCCAACUCUUCCCUGAUCACCAGCUGUCAGCUCAAGGGUAUCCCUUCCUUCUCCAUGAUCUCCCAACCAGGUUCUUCCACAUCCACAUCUGCUGCUGCCGUUCUGCCGGCAGGAAAUGUGAUCAAGAAGGACCUUUGUGCGCCUUCGAGUAUACUGUCCAGCAACUGUCCUGCUCAGGUAACUACUAGCGGGCAGAGUAGCCCGGCCCAGACCUCCACACCCGCUCUUGUCCGUCAUCCUUCAAAUAUCCAAAGUGGAGCUGGUGAGGAAACCACUUCCUUUUUAUCACCCUCUCAACUAGCUCACAGUAAAACCAAAACACCAGUCUCUUCUGCAACAACCACCAAUAUCCCAAUCACCACUUCUGCUGCUGGCACGAUCCAGCAGAGGAUAGUCAUCAACACCACUACGCCUCUUGCUGCCGGCACACAGAUCGUCCUUAACAAUGCAUGUUUUGUAGUCCCUCCACAGGGUUUGGGUCCAGGCAGCCAUGUCCUUAUCAUCUCUAGCCCCGCACCACAACAAGUGCCUACUGCCAGUGCUACCAGCGCUGGUGCAUCAGUACCUCCCCAAGGGGCAAGUCAUGUCACUGUAUCUCCUCGAGCACCGUUUUUACCCGAGUCCCCAGCCAGGAUGCCCGGUGUGCCAGUAAUAAGUUCUCCUUUUGCAGCAUGUACACCUGCUGUUGGUCCAUCACUGCUUUCAACCUCUCCAAAUGUCACGCCGGUCCGGCUAACGGGAACGCCGGGCUUGGGCUCAACGUGGUCACCCAGUAAAACAAAUGUAGUGUCUGCUCUGCCUCGACUGCCAGCCACACAGGCUGUUAACUUUGUAUCCCCACCUGUAGGCACACCCACUCUGGUCUCAUCCCCGCCACGGUUAGGCAGUGUACCAGCCCUAGUUUCCCCAGCAGCAACCCGUGCCCCUGCUCUCGGCUCAGCCUUGGCUACAAUCAGGUUAGCUGCUGGUACACCCACACCAGUUGAAUGUUCAUCCACCAUUUCGCCUGUUUUAUCCAGCCCUUUAGCUGUUGCCCUGCCCAGCCCCAUCAUGCCACCCCUCUCCUCAGCUGCAGCUCCCGUGUUAGCGGGCACACCAGCUUUGCACUCUUCUGUUGCCCAGCAGGUGGUUUCAAUGACAACCCCGGGCCCAGGCAUGCAGCCCCAGCAGACGGCAGUUGGAAUCGCAUCCCCGUCCACCGCUCCAUCGUGGGCUUCAGUGCACACGGUAACGCAUCAAGACGGCACAUCUGUCAGAAAAACGGUGCCUGCAGUCAUGCAACCAGUGCUCGCUGGCGCACGAACACAGGUAUUGCCAACAGUGGCUGUCCCACCUAUCGUAAGUGCAGCGUCUAGGAUGCAGACGCUUCCCGUUGCUACAGUUCCACCGAUCGGAAGCACUUUCAACACAUUCGAUACAGCACCUGUGGUCACAGCACCUUCAUCCAGCAGCAGUGUAACCAUCGCUUCAGCUCAACCAAUUGCAUCACUGAAGACAAACGACACGACCCACCCGCCCGCUGUUACGCCCAAUCAAGCUCUUGGAAAGCACCGUCUGCAGACCACAUCCUUAGGUAUGCACACCAAUGUGGCAUCCAAGCUACUCAUUAGUUCUGACGCCGCUGUUUUGAACGCGGCUCAGUGCCAGGUCAACCCAGUCGCCUGCCCCAAUCCGCUGGAUGCACUAGUGGUUUCCCACAACAGUCCCACCAGGGCAUUACACGAACAUGAUUCCUCUUUGCAGCCCUCACAGGCAGACAGAAAGUGUACCAAGUAACAAAGACUGUGCCAGCUAUGUGAGGAGCUGCUUAGUGUUGCCUGGGCUCAUAUCCAUUGCUUGUAGUAAUCCUGGGGUACGUUUAAAAACUGCUUUCCAGCUGUAGUUUGACUAGUAACAUUUAGGAUGCAGUAGGUUAUACCCUUUGGUUAUAUCUUCUUAUAGGUAAACCGUAUGCUCAAUCAGACAUACUGGAAAUGUAUACUGUGAUGGUUUUCUCAAGUGACAACUGGUGAGGUUGCCCUCCGAUGAAUGUUAUAGACUCUUUUUGUUUUUUUUUACUUCGUGGCCAGUAAUGACUCGUUACAACACAGGAGUAGAAUUCGAUGGUAGAUAAAAGGAAGUUGAACUUGAAUCUUUUAAAAAUACUUUUCAAUGCCAUUAAAUACUGCUUCAAGAACUAGUAAUUGGGAUACUAUUCAUUGGUAGAACUUGCUCUACUUUGUCAGUUUGAACAAUAGAACUGUCAUGUUGUCCUUUUUUCAACUAGUAACUGUUUUUGAAACUACAUUUUACUUUUUAGAUCUAUAAGUAAACUAAUAACUGAAUUUGUACUACAUGUUUGAGCUCAUAUAAAACGUUUUGAAGUCACAUUUAUUUAUUUUGACCAUAUAGAUUUUUCAGAAAUGUUUACUAGGUACAUUUUCAUUGAACAAAAUGUGGACGUUACUGCAUGGGAAUAAACAAUGCGACUGUCCCCAA